GACACUAACCUUGUGACCUGUUCUGUUCUUUCGUUGAAGAACAAGCAAGCAAAGCUUCUUCAUUUAUUUGGCGUGAGAAUUAUUAAAAAAAAAAAAAAAUUCGAAUCUCCGCCAUGGAUGUGAUUAGGUGGUGCUUCUUCUUCUUCCUUCUCUUACAAACCUUCUUCUUCUCACCAUCCCAUACGCAGACCGAUUCAUUCACAUCAAUUCUCAUAUCUCAAAACGGACUCGAUUUCGUGAAAAACCUCCUAGUCAACAAAGCAAUCGCCUCGAUCAUACCUCUCCAGAUCCCCAGGAUCGAGAAAUCAGUGAGAAUCCCGUUCCUAGGAGGAAUCGAUGUCGUCGUCUCGAACCUCACGAUAUACGAGCUCGAUGUCGCCUCGUCCUAUGUUAAUCUCGGCGAGACGGGCGUUGUCAUCGUCGCUUCGGGGACGACUUGCAAUUUGAGUAUGAAUUGGCAUUAUUCUUACGCUACUUGGCUUCCUCCGAUGGAAAUUUCUGAUCAGGGGAUCGCAUCUGUUCAGGUUGAAGGCAUGGAGAUCGGGCUGUCGCUAGGCUUGCUGAGUAGUGAAGGAGGAUUGAAACUCUCUCUUUCGGAGUGUGGAUGCCAUGUGAAAGACAUAUCCAUUGAGCUUGAAGGAGGAGCUUCAUGGUUUUAUCAGGGGAUGGUUAAUGCAUUUAAAGACCAAAUUGGAGCAAGCGUGGAGACCACGAUUUCCAACAAACUCACUGAAGGAGUAUCAGACCUUGAUUCGUUUCUACAAAGCCUUCCAAAGGAGAUCCCAGUAGAUGACAAAGCUGCACUUAACGUCACUUUCACCAGCGAUCCCAUACUGAGAGAUUCAUCCAUCACUUUUGAAAUCGACGGCUUGUUCACCAAAACAGAAACGAAUCAAGUCUUAAAAUCCUCCUCCUUCAGAAAGUCUGCAGCACCUUCAGCUAUCUGCCCUGGAAAUUCGAAAAUGCUCGGAAUUUCGCUGGAUGAAGCUGUCUUUAACUCUGCUGCAGCUUUGUACUACAAUGCAGAGUUUAUGCAAUGGGUAGUGGAUAAAAUACCAGACCAGGCGCUUUUGAACACUGCUAGGUGGAGGUUCAUCAUUCCACAACUAUACAGGAAGUACCCAAACCAGGAUAUGAAUCUGAACAUCAGUUUGUCAUCGCCUCCUCUUGUAAAGAUAUCAGAGCAGUAUGUGGGAGCUAAUGUGAACGCGGACCUAGUAAUCAAUGUUCUAGAAGCAGACCAAGUGAUACCAGUAGCAUGCAUCUCCUUGGUGAUCCGAGGGUCGGGUGCUCUCAGAGUGAUGGGUAAUAACCUUGGAGGCAGCGUGAGAUUAGAGGAUUUCUCCAUGUCUUUGGAGUGGAGCAACAUUGGAAAUCUCCAUCUGCAUCUUCUUCAGCCAAUAGUGUGGACCGUUAUACAAACUGUGUUUGUGCCAUAUGCAAAUGACCAUCUAGAAAAAGGCUUCCCUUUGCCCAUAAUCCACGGAUUCACACUUGAGAAGGCUGAAAUCAUCUGCUCAAGCUCUGAAAUCACGGUUUGCAGCGAUGUUGCCUACUUGGAUUCGUCUCAACAGCCUCGGUCACAGUUGAGUCUAUCAAGUUCUACGCCUUGGAUAACCACGUUGUUAUAGUUUACAAUUGGCGGUUGUAAGUGUCAGUAUUGGGGUCUGGUAUCUGGACCAGAGACUGGACUACCAAGACAAACAAAACUCUGUAUAUUACUUUUGUAUCUUGAUGUUGAUCAAACUGUGUAUGCUAUUCUUCUUUAUAUGAAAUAAAAAUGUCUUUGUAAUUA